AUGGGUCAAAAAUCAACCAGCCAAAGAGGACAAAUUUCACAACUCUAUAAAAAAGGUCAACCAACGAAAAUUUCCGAUAUUUCUAAUGAUGUGCUCUAUGGUGUAAUAUUUUCAUUCUUGGAUUUUCGAGAGUUGAUUGGAACCUUUCGUUUAGUUUGCAAACAGUGGAAUAAAUGGAAUGAAGAAAUUAUAACAGUUUCGAAUUAUGAAAUAAGAUUUGUAGGAAGAAAGGAAAGAAUUAAAAGUUUCGAAUUGUGCCUCGUAAAUGGACAUUUGAAUAAUCUCAGGAAAUUAACAUUGACUCAUUUGCAAGAUUCGUCCAUUUUGGAAGAAAUUUCACACUUACAAAGCAAAUCCUUGUUGACAUUUCUAGAUUUGCAGAAUAAUGUAAUUGGAGGAGCUAGUGGAGCUACAUUAAUUUCGAAUAGUGUUUGGCUUUCGAAUUUGGAAGAAUUAACAAUGAAUGGAUGCAAAAUUGGAGAUUUGGGAAUGAUUGAGAUUGUAAAAAGUGAAAAUAUGAAAAAUUUGACAUCUCUCAAUGUGAGAGAGAAUAUUAUAGGAAAUAAUGGUUUCGUUUCCCUAUUAACAUCAAAUAAUUUAUCCAAGUUGACCAUGUUAAAUUUAGGAAAGAACAUUAUUGAUGGAAAAUCAUUGUUGAGCUUUACAAUUCCAAAUACGAAUGUGCUCAACAACUUGAAAGUUCUCAUUCUCGAUGAAAAUAACUUGUUUAAUGAUUUUGCUAAAAUUCUCUUGACGAAAUGUCAGUUUACUCAAUUGGAGGUUUUGGAUCUUUCACAAACGCAGAUCAGUAAUGAUUGUAUUGAGAAAGGACUUUGUAUCUCACCUCAUUUCAACACUCUAACACAAUUGAACUUGAAUUCCAACUUAUUGAGCGAACCAGCUGUCAGAUCAUUAAUUUACUGUAAAUAUUUGAAUAAUUUAGAAAUGCUUCAUUGUAUGAAUUUGAAAUCAAUUGAUAGAAAAUUGAAAGAGCAGUUAUUGGAAAGAUUUACAUUGGUUGAUGUGUCGCUUAAAGAUGGUGAGGCUGUUUCCUCUUUGCUUGGAACUGGGACUAUUGAAUGA